AUGCCGGGGUCCAUCCCUCGCCCGACAUACCUGAACCUGUUGGAGGUUGGCCAGCACGAGCCCGGGCCUGUGAGGUAUUCCGCCGACCAGCUACGCACCUGCCUGCUCCUGGCGGGAUGGAAACCCAAGUUGGCUUCCAGGGCUGUGAAUAGGGUGUUCCUGCUGGUGCAGGAGAGGUUGGCCCUUGCCCCCGCUGACCCGGCCAGCCUGGUCGGGGGCCUAAGGGAGGCCUGCCCCGGGCUCUGGGAGGCCAGCCUUCCCCGCUCCGACCUGGAGGCCCUGCUGCUGGGCGGGUUCACCACCCAGGCCCCGGACUCAACCCUCCUCCCAGACCUCCGCUCGGCCAUGAGCCUGUCGGAGCGGCGCACCUCCGUCACCAUCCUGCUGUGCGGCACCAGUGGCACGGGCAAGUCCACGCUGGCCUCCCUGCUGGCCGGCCGCCUGGGCAUCCCCGCCCUGCUCUCCACCGACGCGUCCAUGGUGGUGGAGGGCGUGCACCUGCGCCCCGGGUGGGCGGCGGCGAUGGCCGCGCGCCUGACCUCUCCCACCCACCACGUCCUCCCCUUCCUGGUCUGCAUCGCCAACGAGGCCAAGCACGCCGAGCGCUUUGCCGUGCGCUCCAAGACCAUGACCCUGCGCCCUGACGCCAAUCGGUAUGUGCGGCACCUGCGCUCCAUCCGCGUCAUCCAGGACCACCUCCUGCGCGACGCCGGCGCGCACCUCAUCCCGGUGGUCAAUAACACCAACGUGGACCGCUCAUUGGCUACCAUCCACGCCACGCACGACCCCAUGCGGUCUGCCCUGAUCAAGGCGUGCGCGCUGGGCCUGCUGGGCCUGGCUGCCAUUCGCACCGCGCCGCUGAUGGCCAGCCACGGUGUCGGGCACACGCUGCAGCUGCUGGACGCGAAGGAGCCCUUCCUGGUGAGGGCGGGCCUGGGGAGGCUCCACUUCCUGCUGAACCUGGAAAGCACGCACAGGAUGGCCCUGGAGAGCCAGGCGGUCCCCCGCAUCCUCUCACUCCUCGAUCAGCCACGCAUCGACCCGGGUGUGGCCCACUCGGCGCUGGAGGUGCUGCUGCGCCUGGCGGAGCGCCAGGAGGGUCGGGAGGCUCUGCUCGAGGCAAACGUGCCUGCUACCCUUGCCACCUUUGUGGCCCGCAUCGAGACGGGGAGCGAGAAGCGGUCUGGUGCUGUGCUCCAAGCAGCGCGGGAGCUGGCCCUCCAGCUCCUGGGACCCCUGGAUGACAGGGGACAGGCUUGA